AUGUGGCUGCUCCCGGUUCUGUUCCUUCUCGUCGUCCAAGGCCACUUCUCCACCUGCCAGGAGAGUAUGGUGAGAGGCACAGCAAUUGGUACAUUGACCAUGUCCUGUGAGUAUAGCCCAGGAUGGGAAUUCUACAAGAAAUGGUUGUGUCGCGGAAAGAACUGGAGUUCCUGCAAAAUCCUUGUUAAAACCACUGGGUCAGAGCAACUGGUGAAGAAGGGCCGAGUGUCCAUCCAGGACAAUCACAGCCGACACAUGUUCACCGUGACCUUGGAGGAUCUCUGGUAUGACGACGAAGACACCUACUGGUGUGGGAUUGAGCAGACCGGCACUGACAUAGGAUUCAAAUUUUCCGUGAUUGUCGACCCAGCCCCUGAUCCAACAGACUCUCCCAAGCCUGUAGCAAGAACACCAGCCGGUCGAGCUUCCUCUCCUCCUUUUACCCAGGGCAUCAACAGCAGCCAGCCUAUUGUUCUGAUCAACCCCCACAGCAGGUCAGGGGCCCUGGCCAUCAAUGGAGCAGCAGAGAAUCUUCCUGUGUGGAUCCUCCUGGCACCUCCUCUCCUUGCAACCCUGGAGUGGCUCUGCCAAGGAUAA